AUGGUUCACAACAACUACUUGAUGAACUACUUUCUGUUUCACAUUUUUGACUUAUUAAGUCACUUAUGCUUAAUUCAUAACAACUAUCAAAUACAUUUCUAUCAAAUACAUUUCUAUCUGAUAUACUAUAUCCAUAAUCAUAACAAUCAUAAUAUCCAUCAUAAUAACUUCUUAUAUUGUUUAUUAAUAUAA